CCUCUUUAUUUCGCGUCGGGCUCGCAGUUUUGUCAAUCCUAAUCCCCUGCAAAAUCGAAGCAAAAAUACCGCCCAUCAACAAUCUAUUUAGGGUUCGAUUGAAAUCUCAAUACACGAUUGCCCAUUCCAUCUUCCUCGCAUACCAAGAUCCGUAAGUAGAACAAUGCCGAAGGUGAAGACAAACCGUGUAAAAUAUCCAGAAGGAUGGGAAUUGAUUGAGCCGACGCUUCGUGAGCUACAAGCAAAGAUGAGAGAAGCUGAGAAUGAUCCUCACGAUGGCAAGAGAAAAUGUGAGACAUUGUGGCCCAUUUUCAAAAUUGCCCAUCAAAAGAGCCGCUAUAUUUUCGACCUUUACCACCGCCGGAAGGAAAUAUCUAAGGAAUUGUACGAGUUCUGUUUGGACCAAGGAUAUGCUGACCGCAAUCUUAUUGCAAAAUGGAAGAAGCCAGGAUAUGAACGUUUGUGUUGCUUACGUUGCAUUCAACCAAGGGAUCACAACUUUGCAACAACUUGUGUUUGCCGUGUUCCGAAGCACUUGAGGGAAGAAAAGGUUAUUGAAUGCGUUCAUUGUGGAUGCAAAGGCUGUGCAAGUGGAGAUUAGGAAUGUCUUUUCUUUCAGCAUCUUCUUCUUUGAUGUUAAAAGGAGUUUUAAAAUAUUAGUGCUUUCUCAGUGCUCUUAUUUUCUGCUAACUUUCCUUGCCCUGCUGUAACUCUGAACCUGAAACUUCGCCAUAAAACUUGUGUCCUGGUUUGGAUA